CCACUAAACAAAACCAAACGAAUCUCGCAGCAACAAAUCAGAUCAAACCAAGUUUUUCCCAUCAAAUUUCCUUUCCAAUGGCGACCCCCUCUUUCCUCUCGAGCUUGAAAUACUCGGACAGUCUCACAGUCGUCGGCAUCUCCAUCUGCACCGCCGUAAUCUGCGAGGCCAUCUCAUGGGUCCUCAUCUACCGAACCAACUCCUACAAGUCCCUCCGAUCCUCCAUCGACAAGGCCGCCAAGAAGCUCGAGACCAUGAAGACCGAAUCCACCACCGCCAAAAUUACCAAAAAGUCCAAGACCAAGAAGAUCGACCGCGUCGAGACCAGCCUCAAGGAGUCUAGCCGCGACCUCUCCCUCUUCAAGUUCAAGUCCGGCGCCGUCGUCGCCGUCGUCCUCUUCGUCGUCUUCGGCCUUCUCAACUCGCUCUUCGAGGGCAAGGCGGUCGCGAAAUUACCUUUUAAGCCCUUCGGGUUGGUGAUGAAGAUGAGCCACAGAGGCCUGCAGGGGGACGAUCCCACGGAUUGCUCGAUGGCAUUUUUGUACUUUCUGUGCUCCAUCAGUAUUCGGACCAAUUUGCAGAAGUUCUUGGGCUUCUCGCCGCCCCGAGGUGCCAGUGCCGGGUUGUUCCCCAUGCCCGACCCGAAAACCAAUUGAUGGAUCCACUGGAAGCUGGUUUGUUCUGAAUUUUAGCUUUGGUUUAUCAUUGGUAUUGUUAAUUUGUUAUUGUUCUAAUUUUCUAGAGACAAUUUUCGAUUUCGAUUAGAGACUGAGUUUUACAUCUUUGUUAGUGAUUUUGAUUUUUUUUUUGUGAAUGACCUACUUUCUGAAUAUGUGAACCUGCUAUGAGGUAAGUGUCUGAGAA